CUAGUCUGUCAGAUGUUCUGUCGAUCAAUGUCACUGUCAAAUACAAGCGCUGUCAUAAUUGUGUCCUAUGAAUCGCUAAUCGCUUAAGCUCGACGAAUAGCCUCGAUUGCCCAAACUCUAACUGGUUUGAAUGAAACAAUUAUCAGUACUACUUAUUUCAAUACGCAUGUGUGUAAUUAGGCAUAAGUUCAAUCAACGUAAUACAUUUAUGCAGGAAGUGUAACACAAUCAGGAUUCUUGGUACCGUUUGUUACUCAACACUAACUAUCAACAGAAACAAUAAUAUAUCACAACAUAAUAUUGUUGUUGCCAACAACUGGAGAUUUAGAACUAUUUGAUAUAUACACAAAAUGACUUCUCUUCUGUUGCUCAAAUCAAUGUUAUUUGCUAAUGCACUGCAGAAAACAAAAAAGAAGAAGAAAACCAAAAAUAAAAAUAUGAGUAAAAUAAAGAAAGGAACAUUUACUAUGUGCAGAAUAUGCAAUGAUGAAAAAGGAAACAUUCCAAUAUUUAACAACAUUGUAACUCCUGACUUGCCUGAGGAAAUAAAGAAUUUUUCUGGUGUGAUAGUCAGUAAAACAGACAAUCUUUCAAAAACUAUGUGCCAGAACUGUUUGGACUUGCUGAAUGGAUGCAUCAUGUUCAGAGAUAUUUGUAGAAGCACUAAUGAGAAACUAAUACAACUAUCAAUACAAAAAGUUUCAGAAAUCAGUAUCAAGCCUAAAAACUGCAAAACAGCUGAGUGUGCUGAAGGAUCCGAAACUGUUUGGGUAGGGCCUCCCAAGGUUGAGCCGACGAAAGACUUGGACACUACUGAGGGUGACUCCAGCUACUUAGCACCCCCUGAGCCUCCUGAUCCACCAAAUGCUGAAAGUGAAGACGACUACAACAUUCCAUCACCAGUAUUCUCUGAAGAUACAGACCAAUCUAUCUGGACCUGUAUGGCUUGCCAUCAGGGAUUUAAUGACAUGGAGUCAUACAGCCAUCACCUGAAAAUAUGUAAUUCACAAACAGCAGAAGAGCGCAAGCCACCUGAGGAAGUCACUAAACGGAAGUUCCUGUGUGAUAUUUGUGGGAAGACAACUUCAGCCAAUGCUAGUCUGCAAAUUCAUAUGGGUACUCACGAAAAUGUUUUCCCUUUCAAAUGCGAUGUUUGUCCAUAUCAAGGCCGAACUGUAGAUCUUCUGAGGGUUCAUAAGAGAUCGCAUUUAGCCGAGAAACCGUAUAAAUGUCCGCAAUGCCCUAAGGCAACAACCACAGCUAGCAAUCUCGCUAAACAUACGCGGCAGGUUCACAGCUCUGCUCGGCCAUAUAAGUGUACUUAUUGUGAUAAGGCAUUCUCCUAUCAACAUGACAUGAAAAGGCAUGUCAAGGAUAUACACCUGCGACAAGGCACAGUAGAAUGCGAAAUCUGUUAUAAGAAGUUUAACACUAAGAAAAUAUUACAAGGACAUAGAUGGAAAGUCCAUAAGAUCAAAGGAAUAAGACAGGGCCGUCUCCCGUCGUACUUGCAGUAUCAAAUGGUCGAACAAGAAAAUGAAAAUAAUGAGGUCAUCAACGACGGUAGCAAUGAGUGUGAAGCUGAAGUAGAAAGAUGUCAGAAAUAUGAUAAUGAGGAAAAACAAUAGCCAAACUUUAUUUUGUAAACAGCAUAUUAUGCUGGCCAUGUGGCCUAAGUAUUAUUUACUUUAUAAAGGUGUAGGUUUCAUAACGUUGCCCAAGUUGCACCCGUAUUCAUGAACAGUAUUAUAACGUCAUGCUGUUAUUUUCAUUCUGCUGGACACUGACAGACAACAUGAUGUGAUAUCAAAGUGUCGUUUUUGUAAACUUGUUUCACACAGAUUUCGAUUCACACAAUUAUUUCUUUCUUAGAUAUUUAUGUACUUAACGGGGUUUUAUAUUAUUUAUGGAAUGUGUGAAGAGGCUACCUACCUACUUUUGUGUUGGUACUUUUUUAGCUAAAAAUCCAUAAUGUUAGAAGAUUUAUGUAAUACUUAGAUCACUCCCUUGCUUUACCUUGAAAACAGAUAGUUUUUUCUAGUUAUACCUGUUGUCGAUAUAGAUAUACACCGUGAUUUUUUAGUCGUCUUACAAAAGCAGCUCAGUUUAUGUAUCCAAUGACUAGAACACGUUC